AUGAUGAAAGCUACAGACACAUGUCCCAUUUGUACCGAUAGAGAUUCGGAGAAGGUUCUUUGGAUCCAAUGUUCAGAAUGCAAACAGUGGUUUCACACGCAAUGCUUGAAGCUAAAAGAGUAUGAAGUGCUGUCUAUCGUAGCCUACCAUUGUCGUGAUUGCAGUCGACUAAAAGGGCCAUCGAUUUUGAAACGACAGUCCAAGAGAACAAGAGUUUCGGUCGACUAUGUGGCACUCAAUGAAGGUCAGACUAUUGCGCUUGAUAAAAAGAGCCAUCACCACUUGCAUAGUUUUUUGGAAUUGAAAAGCGUGCCCAAUAUAGAGAUAAGUUCCACACUAACAAAGGGAUUUGCAUUGAAAAUGGGAAUGGAAAGACCGAUUCUUAUCCCAAAAGCUCAAUUGGAUAUUGUUGGAAUGAAACUUCCUUUGGAUCGAAAUAAAAUUACAAUUGAUUAUAUUACUGAAUGCUGUGGUGCAAAUACCCCUGUUGAGGUAAUGGAUGUGAUUUCACAACAAGGAGUUUCUCCCUCUUGGAAGUUGGCCCAAUGGCAGGAAUAUUUCAAUACAGCGCAAGAAUAUCGAGACCGAAUACGGAACGUGAUAUCGUUGGAGAUUUCAAGUGUUCAAAACUUGGGCACGUCGUUUACUCGGCCCCAAAUGGUGCGCGACUUGGAUUUAGUGGACAAAGUAUGGGACCCCAAGGAUGAGCAAGAACGGAGCAAAGUGACCAAAUAUUGUUUAAUGUCGGUAAAGGAUUGUUUUACUGAUUUUCACAUUGACUUUGGCGGUACAUCAGUUUAUUACUAUGUUUUGAAAGGGUGCAAGACAUUUCUUUUUUAUCCUCCAACAGAUGAUAAUCUUGCUCUUUACACUUUGUGGUGUAUGGAACCAAAACAGAACAUUAUUUGGUUCCCAGAGUAUAGCAAAGUUGUCAAUAAACGAAAAGUUCAUCCGCUAGGCGGUUUCAAAGUCACUUUGCAACCCGGUGACUUGUUCAUUAUCCCAAGCGGUUGGAUUCAUUGUGUUCAUACCCCGCAAGACUCGAUAGUCUUUGGAGGCAAUUUCCUCACACUAAGGGAUAUGAAAAUGCAGCUCAAGAUAUAUGAUAUUGAGCGUGUUACUAAAGUGCCCAAUAAGUUUAGAUUCCCCAUGUUCAACAAAGUCAUAUGGUUGAGUGCAUGGUACUAUUCCCAGCACAAGGAAGAGAUGCUCAAAGAUGUUGCAGAUGAUAAGGUGCUUGCGAUUGAAAUAGUGGAUCUAUGGAUCAAACAUCUUAACGACCACUACAAUUUGAGUUUGUCAAACCAAGUGGCGAAACGAAGCAUUCCUGGUAGUAUCAAAAAGCCAUUGCUCUUUAUAGAGGACUUGCGGAAAUGGAAGGAAAGUAUAUAA